UUUGUUUUCAUUUUUUUCAAAAGAAUUUUUAAUUUUGGACAAAUAAUAAAUAAAACGAAAAUUCAUACAGAUUUCUGCGAACCGAGAUAAUUCGCUAAUAUUUCCGUACACAAUUCGGCCAACAUUUGCAAGACGUGAAAUUUUCUUGUUCCAGUCACAUUUCGCAGUAAAAUUUCCAACAUUAAUUCCAUCAGAAAAACCGCAGUCCGCAGCGCACGUCGGCUGCGGCAUGUACCCUCCUCCAUCUCCAACAGUCUGGCGCGCAUCAACUUGCUCAAGAGCCGCAUGCGUCUGCCGAACAACAGCGAGCGCAAGCAGGAGUAUAUAGCGCAUCGUGCGCGUGUGCAGAACGCCAAGAGCGUAGUGAACAGCCAGCCACCGAUGCGACUAGUGAAUCGGCCGCGACGCGAAAUGUCAUUCACCGAGAUGAUGAACUCCGUGCGCACCGCCAUACAGCGGCGCAGCAACUCGCGCACCUUCACCACGGCGCCCGCAUCGACAACACCCUCGGCCACGGGCACUACGAGUUAUUCGACUGUGGCGACAACGGCCUCGCGCAUAACGCCGCCGGCACGUUUUGGCAAAUCGUGCAUCAAUAUGAGCAACAGUGACACGGUCGGCAGCUACGAACACGACAAGUCUGCGAUGCUCUUGUACGACUGCAAAUCUUGCGGCGCAUUCGGCUGCUGCUGCAUUUGUGGCGGCGCUGGCGAUGGGCGCCACUGCAUGGCCUCCUGUGUCGAUAUGCAUGAGAAAUUCCCACAGCAUCCGGCCGGCGAUAUUUGCGAAGAGGGACGCUCCUCGUGCAACUAUGUGCCGCGUUGUCGUAGAGGUGAGAGCUUCAGCAGUAACAGCGGCAUGGCCAUUAUUGGUCCACAUGGUUCACAUGUGCAUCACUUCGAGUCGCCUUUGCGCAGCUUUGCUGAGCAUAAAAACAAAAAAGUCAAGCAACCAUCGUCGGCUGAGCAGCGCGCCGCCUUUCAGCAUGCACGCCUGGCUAUGCCUUUACGCCACUUUUGGCAUCGCAUCACACGCAAAGAAUGGAACGACGACACCCGCAUACCACAACCACCACAUCGCUCCUCUUACGAGCUGCAGAGGAGCCAACGUAAGCGCUGCGUGCAUCACACAUCCCCCAAAGACUCCACAGAAAAUACACAAAGCAGCGCCGCGGCAAGCCAACUUAUUAUGCGCGAUGAAAGCAAGCAUUACGGCAUACCGCUGCACGUGUUGAAACGCUAUCAGGACAUCACGGUCUCAACGGAUGAGGRUAUGUUGCGUCGCUUGCUGCGUCCACGCAUCUUCUUCGAUCUCGAAGUGAAGGGCAUACGUCCGUUGGGUCGCAUCGUUAUACAGCUCUUCACCGAGGCCUGUCCAGAGGUGGUGCUCGAGUUUGUGCGUAUGUGCACCACAGAGAAUGGCGAACGCAUGAGCUUUACGCGUCUCUUUCCGCCGAUGUGGCUGGAAGGYGAACUUGCAUUAACCGACAAUAAGACGCUGACGGCUCAUAGUAUCGAACACGAUACGACUGUAUUGGAUCACGGUAGCGGCGCUGGUGUAUUGUCGUUUCCCAGCCGCUAUGUGCGUGGCAGCAAGCGGCGGUUUCUCAGCUUUUCAAUCAGUUUCAAACCGCUGAAAGUGCUCAAUGGCAAACGCAUCGCYUUUGGUCGUGUGCGGCGUGGCCUUUGGAUAUUGGAUGCCGUGCAGGACUAUGGCACCAAUAGCGGUAAACCGCAGCGUGAUAUAAUUGUAACGAGUUGUGGCAUGUGCAAGUGACAAGGCUMAACUUACAGCGCGAUUGUGGUGGUUUGGUGGUGAGAGUGAUAGUGCUCGAUCAUAAUC